AUGACAGCGCAUCAAGCACCUAUCUGGAAAACGGGGGAUGAGGCACCCCGUCCCCCUCCCAAGGGCGACAUUACGGCGAUGCCGUGGAUUCCUGAACCCGCACGGCCACUUGUUUUUAUCAAUGCCAAUGUCGUCGACGUCGCAGCCAACAAGGUGCACUCUGGGAUGACGGUUCGGAUUGAGGACGGUGUCUUCAAGUCCGCCAAGAAGGCGGAUCAGGCUGAACUCGACGAACUCGCCAAGGAUACGAAGGCGAGGGUCGUAGAUGUGGGUGGACUGUGGCUCUGCCCUGGUCUCGUUGAUUGUCACGUACACAUCAACAUGUCUGACGGUGGAAGAGACUUUGUCGAACCCCAGCUCCGGGCAAUGUAUACUCUCAAGUCCAUGCUGGCACGCGGCUUCACGACGGUCCGUGACGUAGGCGGAGCGGGCUACUUCCAAGCUCAGGCCGUGAAGCAGUGGUUGACACCCGGUCCGCGUCUGUUCCAGGGUGGUCGCCUGCUCUCGCAAACAGGAGGACACGGCGACGCGCGCGGCCGCGAAGUGGUUGACAGCGCCCCUUCGAUGGGUUGUUGCUCGGGUGACGGACCGCUCAUUGAUGGUGUUGCUUCCGCGGCCCACAUCACCCGCGACCUCAUGCGCCGAGGCGCGGACCACAUCAAGAUCGCGACCAGUGGCGGCGUGUCGUCUCCGACCGAUGCGCUCGACUCGAUCCAGUUCCUCCCCGAGGAAAUCCGGACCAUAACCCAGGUCUGCAAGGACAUGGGCGGACGUCUGACUACGGCUCACGCAUACACCCCCGCCGCGAUCAGGAGGGCGGUCGAGAAUGGUGUCCGGGGCAUAGAGCACGGCAACCUCCUCGACCGCGAUACGGCCAAGCUCCUGAAGGAAAAGGACGUGUUUCUGACCCCGACGCUCAUCAUCAGUACCUGCAAGGGCCGACCUCCGCUCAGUGAUUCUCUUCCAGACUGGCAGAAGGAGAAGAACGAGAUGGUCAGGCUGAAGGGUCGGGAGGCGAUCAAGAUUGCCGAGGAGGAGGGUGUAACCGUCUGCUUCGGUACGGAUCUGACCUUCGGCAUGGGAUACCUUCAGAGCGAGGAGUUCCGUAUCCGAGCCGGCAUUCUGCCCUCUCACACGGUGCUGAAGCACGCGACUGUGAAUGCUGCGAAGCAGCUGGGCGAUGACAAGAUUGGAGAGAUCAGGGAGGGGGCGUACGGCGACUGCGUCGUGCUCACGCACAACCCGCUCGACGACGUCCGUGUCCUUGACAGCGGAGGCAAGGGUAUCUGGGGAGUUGUGAAGGAGGGCCGCGUCGUCGUCGCCCGCGGAAGGGUGAAGGACCAGGUGAAGCUAGAUGUCGUGCUCGGCGUGCCGGAUGCGGAGUAG